GUAUUAUACCUGGGGUGCUUUUUAAAUGAAAAAAGUUGAGCAGCGAGAAGGCGGAGUGUUGCAAGUCCCUCCAAAUAAUUUUGGUCGAUUUCUUAUCUGUUUGUUCCGUUUGCAUGUGGGACUGCAAUAUUGUGUCGAUGGACGAUUUAUGUGAACCCCGACUCGAAAAACACAUGGUCAGUAUUUUAUUAUAUCGCUUUCCUCUAUUUCUGGAAUCCUGCAAUUAUCGCUAGUGUGCGAUAUACGAUCCCAGUGAACGCUGGAUUUCUGAUUGUUCGACUUUCCUGAAAGUCCAUAAGCAAACACUACCCCUCCAAAUCCGCUGGGCGGCAGAGUCGAAGCAACAAUGGGUCGCGAAGAACAGAUUGAGGAGCGCGAGGUGCUCGAUUCCAUUUUCCCUGAAGAGAUCACAGACAUAUCCGAAACCUCAUAUCGCAUAUCGGUAGUACUGGACGAUCUCGACAAUUAUGACGAAGAAGCGGAGCAGCCCUCCUUAAUUCUGCAGGUCUCUUACCCUGCAGACUACCCGGAUGUUGCACCAGAACUAGAGAUAUCCGCCCCCCAUAAUACGCCCAAACACCCCAGACUGGAUGUUCAGGAGGAUCGUGAACGACUUCUCGAAGCCUUGCAGCCUACCAUUGAAGAGAACAUGGGUAUGGCAAUGGUAUUUACUCUGGUCAGCACCUUGAAAGAAAGCGCUGAGCUUCUCAUGAGUGAGCGGGCAAAUGCGGAACAAGCCCUAAAAGAGAUGGAAGCCGCCAAAAUCGAAGAAGAAGAGAACCGGAAGUUUGAGGGCACAGCCGUGACCCCAGAGUCCUUCUUGGCCUGGCGUGAAAAAUUCAGGAAAGAGCAGGAGGAGGAAGAGCAGAGAAAGCGGGAGGAGAAGGAGGCAGAAGAAAAGAAACCCAAGAAGUCAGCGGCCAAGGAAGAGAAGAAAUUGACCGGCAGACAACUAUGGGAAAGAGGCUUGGCUGGAAAAGCAGAUUAUGAUGAGGAUGAGGAGGAUGCUUUACCGGCUGCCAUGGAAAAGGCGAAGAUAGCAGCAUAGUCGGAUCCUAUUGUCAUAUGUUAUGGUGCUUCCAUUUUGUUGUCAACCUAUAUCCUUCACUGAUCAACGACGAAAUCCAAAGUGACCGCAAUGUAUAUGGAAUGACUAUAUCGCAAAAAAAGCGACUUGUAAAUAGAUGGCCAUUUAACUCGGAAGUAGCUAUGAAAAGAAAUGAAGAGCAUGGCGCGCUUUAGUGACACAUCGAUGUGCACUGAAUAUUUCGACUACUCGCAAG